GCCAACACUCAGUGGUCUUCAGUCUCAGAAGCAUACAGACAACGAUCGUUCACUAUGAAUAGACUUUUAUUUGCCUCUGUGCUGCUCUACGCAGCUUCUCAAACUGGUGAAUGCAUUACAGGAGGAAAAGAGGCUGAUGCACACUCUCGUCCGUACAUGGCUUCACUUCAGUGGAAUGGAAAACAUGAGUGCGGUGGCUUUCUGAUCUCCAGUCAGUGGAUCAUGAGUGCAGCACACUGCUUUCAGAAUGGGAGGACAUCCGGUGUUAAAGCCGUGUUGGGUGCUCACUCCCUGUCUGAUGCUGAGGACACUAAACAAACCUAUGACACUACAGUCUACAGCCAUCCUGAUUUCAGUAUAAGCAACUAUGACAAUGAUAUCGCCCUGCUCAAGCUGGAAAAGCCAAUCACUGAGAGCUAUGCAGUGAAACCAGUGAAAUUCCAACGUGAAGAAGAGGCCGAUCCCAAGGAGUCUGCUGUUGUUGGAACAGCUGGAUGGGGCUCUUUGAACAACCUGGGAGGACGACCAGACAAAUUGCAAGAACUCAGUAUCACGGUCAAGAGCCGAAGAGAAUGUGGCCGCGGUGACUACUAUGGAUUGAAGUUCACCAGCAACAUGCUCUGUGCUGCAGAAAGACGAAAGGACACCUGUGAUGGUGACUCCGGAGGUCCUCUCUUAUACAAGGAUGUUGUUGUGGGGAUAACCUCUAAUGGAGGGAAGAAAUGUGGCUCCAGCAAAAAGCCUGGACUCUACACGAUCAUCUCCCACUACACCAAUUGGAUUGACAGUACAAUCACAGAGUAAAAAAAGCUGUGGAAUCCUUUGCAUAUAUAUAACCUCUAUUUUUCAUACGUCCUGUAUAUCUCAUGUAUUGCUAUAUUAAUAAAAACUUUUCUACACCUACCUGAAUCUAGUCACGAUUAUGUUUGUUGUUGUUUAAAUAAAAGCUUUACAUCCUUC